AUUUGUUUCUGUAAAUUUGCAUAAGAAAUGGGACUGCUGAUUUCUUGCCCGUAUCUGGCUUAGUUGAUUUUAGCAGGGGCCUGGUCGGCAGUCUCUUUCAAUCUAUCAUAUACAUUAAUUUUUUCUAUCUUAGCAAAAUUUCCAUCAAAACCUCUGGACAUUGUUUGAGUAAUGGAAUCUGGAGGUGAUAGCAGGUUGAAUGUUGAGUUGGGAACUAGUAAUGCCACAAGUGUUUAUGAGUCAAAGUCUCCAUUAACAGAACAAGAACAUGAAAACACACAUAACAACAACAACUUGAAAGCUCAUCCGUCCCAAAACCCCUUCAUAGUACCAAGCAAUACAUCACCAACUGAUGAUCAAACAAAUCCACCCAACAAGGAUUCUGAUGGUGCAUUUGAACCAUGGAAAAACGAACCAUCAACAUGUCAAGUUGUUGAAUCACAUAAUCCAUUUAAAGAAACAGAUGAAGGACAUCAAGGCAUGGCCAUUAACCAUUUAGGGACAUCAACUUCCCCAAAUUUUGAAUCUUCAAAUCAAGAGCACAUUCAUACUUGUACAGAUUCCAACAUUAGUGGAGAAUAUAGUGACGAUGAUAUAAAAAUAAAGUCUGUGCCUAAACAUGAACAUUAUGAAGAAGUAGCAGGACAAGACUUAAUAUCAAUUUCAGCAAGUCCAAACAAUGGAUCAGAGAUACAAAAUCCUUCAAUGCAAGUGAUGGAGCGUCCAAAUGAAUCAAGUACCAGUUCAAAUUAUGUCUUUCCUUCUCAUGUAUUUGCUAGAAACAAUACAAACACACCAGAAUGGAGCACUGCCUCUAACGAAUCAUUGUUCAGCAUUUACAUGGGUAAUAUGAGUUUCUCAAAUGAAUUAGCUUGCUUUAAAUCAUGUGAAAUGGAUAAGCCAGGUGAUGUAUACAUGUCUGAUCAACCUCCAAAUCUUCAGCCUCCAACACCAGUGAAUAAAUUCAACGAUAUAAGCCAAAGAACUGCUGAACUACAUGAAGAAGGUUUAAAGGUAACAGAAGCAAAAGCCGCUGAGACAAUGAGAGAGGUUAUAAUGGAAAGUAGUCAAACAACAGAUAAUAUUGGUAAAAGGGAAGAUGGAAAUUCUAAUUCUCAACGCCAAUCAGAUGGAAGCAUCAAAUCCUAUGCAUUUCAAACAUCGACAAAGGGAGAUAAAAGCGUUUCAUCUAAGGGUGCGGAAGAGAAACAAACACCACGCCAUAGUACAGAUCAAAAUGAAACAACUAAAGCAGUUGAUCAAACACCAAAGUCAAACACAAAUGCACCUGCAACAAACAAAUGGCUGAAUUGCUUCUCAUGUUGCUCAUUCUGCUGUUAGAACAUGUUAGCUGAUCAUCAUCAAAUCGUGGUCCUUUCCUAAGCCAUUUAAUUACCAUCUAUGUCACCUCAUCAAACUUGUAUUAUACACAUGCAUAUCAUAUGCUAGCUUUAGUUGAUUAGUCUUAAUUUUUUUUUUUUUGAGUCUUGGUUCACUCUGUAUACCCUAGUUGGGAAAUUAGUGACAAGAUUUAUUAUUAAUUAACAUUGUGUAAUAGGUUAUUAGUAUAAUUGUCUUUUCAACAUAUUGAAAAAAAUGAAUGACAAAGAUUU